UAUACCACAAAACUUAAGGGACAUUUGAAUUCAUUAUGUAUGAUAUUUUGCUUAUUAUUUUUAAGGAGACUGCUGUAAUGCUGAAAACCUCAAGCCAUGUGUAAUCCAUGGGUGGCAUGGUUAGGAGUGCUGCCACUCCUUAUCCUAUUAACUCAGGCAGCCCUCAAACCAGCAAUACCUCCAGUGAUCAAGAACCAGCCUUUCAACAUUUUCUGGGCAGCCCCAACAAUGUAUUGUAUGCCUUUCUUCAAUGUGGAUAUAAAUCUUCAAGUAUUUAACAUUAUAUCGAAUCCUUUAGAGACUCAAAGUGGCUCAAAAAUUGCCAUAUUUUAUCCAAAUGAAUUAGGAUAUUACCCUUACUUCUCUCAAGAUGGAAAAUCCUUUAAUGGAGGAAUACCGCAGAACGUAAGCCUUUCUGAACAUCUUAGGAAAACUGCUGAUGACAUUGGAGAAGCUAUCCCUUGGUGGAGAUCAGAAGGACUUGCUGUUAUUGACUGGGAAAGUUGGAAACCCCAAUGGGAUAGAAAUCGGGGCAGCAGAAUCGUAUAUAAAAACCACUCUUUAGCCUUCACUAGAAACCACCAUCCUUAUUGGUCAGAAAUGAAAGUGGAAACAGUUGCCCAAGAGGAAUUUGAAAAUGCUGGAAGGAAUUUCAUGAACAUUACUCUCACACUGGCUUUAGAAAUGAGACCAAAAUGUUUAUGGGGCUUUUAUCUCUAUCCAGACUGCUACAAUUAUGAUUACAGAAUAAAUCCAGAGAUGUACACAGGUAACUGUCCAAAUGAUGAAAUUCUCCGCAAUGACCAACUCCUGUGGCUGUGGGAAAAAAGUGCAGCACUUUAUCCUUCAAUAUAUUUGGAUAAAAUAUUGAAGUCAAGUGUAAAUGCUUUGAAAUUUGUUCAUUAUCGAGUUAGAGAAGCCAUGAGGAUUGCGGAAAUGGCUAGACAUAAUUUUGUUUUGCCAGUUUUUAUUUUUUCCAGACCAUUUUAUUUGCAUAGUACUGAAGCUCUGUCACAGGAGGACUUAGUGCAUACAAUUGGCGAAAGUGCUGCAUUGGGGGCAGCAGGAGUAAUAUUGUGGGGAGGAUAUGAAUAUUCUGCUUCAAAGGAGAACUGCUUAUCUGUGCAACAAUCUAUCCAAGGGCCUUUGGGCCAUUAUGCUGUGAAUGUGACAUCUGCAGCUAAGUUCUGUAGUCAGAGUCUAUGUAACAGUCAUGGAAGAUGUAUUCGAAAAACACCUGAGUCCUCCUUCUAUCUGCAUAUGCCUGAAAGCAGUGGUAAGAAAUAUGUUCUAAAUAAGAGCUUCAGAUUCGUCAUUUCUAAAAACAGUAAGGAGAAGACAAUAACAGACAUGAAGAAUGGAUUUGUGUGUCACUGCUAUUACGGCUGGCAUGGACCAUCUUGUCAGGAUCACUCUUCAGAUCUCCUAAGAGAGAUGAAUAAGGCUCCUAAUAUUAACUUCGAUUUGUUAGUUUUUGUCAGUAUGGCUUUUUCUGUGAUUCUGCUAAAAGUUUUUUUAGCAGUUACUACAAUGCCAAUUUUUCCCGGAACUACUGAACAGUAGCAAAUGUUGAUAUUUUUUUUC